AUGGAGCUGGCGUGUGUUGACAUCCCAGUGGAGAACUUCCAAGGAUGGAUCCGCCAUUACAGGGUGUUUUUCCUGCGGUGCCUGGCAAGAGACAAUAUAGCCUGCGAUGUGGAUGAGCAACUACUCAGUAAACUGCCCACAGAGCAUGUGACCAACUUUGCCCGUUAUGCCCGUACAAUCCUAAAGGGUCAAAGCUACAACCUGAUUAGCUUUUCCGCUUGGCUCCAAGAAGAAGCUGAGUGUCAAGCAAUGGCUGAUCAGUGCAAAGGCAGACAUCUUGGUAUCCUUCAUGGAGUUAAUUGUCGUGACCAAGAUAACGAAAAGAAGUAUUCCAUUUCCAAUGCCUUUUCUGCUGCUAGAUUGGGACUGGCAGAACAGACGUAUCCUGUUGAGAUCUUGCAGAGACGUUUCAGACAUCUUCGAGACUUACCCCUUCCAGCCUUCUCUAAUGUCCAACCACUUGUUCUUAUCGGUGCAGACUAUCCACACCUGAUAAAUCCCAUUGAUCAGGUGUAUUUCGGGCCUCCUAAAUCUCCAGCUGCAAUACAGACCAGGUUAGGAUGGGUACUUCAAGGCCCAAUACCGAUUCCUAACACUGAUGAGACUCAGUGUCUUUUUACCAUCGCUAAUCCCCUAGAAGAACUUCGCCAUGAUGUGGAGAAAUUAUGGAAAGUAGACAUCCUUCCUUUCAGGAAUGAGAAAGUCAUUACUAGGUCUAAGCAAGAUCAGGCAGCUAUGGAAUUGUUGGCCUCCAAGUCUAAAAAAGUUGAUGUGGAUGGUGUGCAAAGAUAUGCCACUCCGUUAUUGCGUGCUUCUUCCGCCAUAAAGCUGCGGGCUUCACCAAAUGCAGUUAUGUCUUCUCUCAGAUGUAUCGAACGACGCCUCCAGAGAAAUCCUAAAACUGCUGCUGUGUACAACCAAGAGAUUGCUAAGUUGGAGGAAUCUGGUUAUGUUUCCAAAGUGGAACUUCCCCAUGACUCAUCUGAUGAAUCGUGGUAUAUUCCUCAUCAUAUUGUGGAGCAUAACGGAAAAAGGAGAAUAGUCUUCAAUUGUUCCUAUCAAUAUAAAGGUGUGUCACUUAACAGUCAACUUCUUCCUGGUCCACAGUUGGGCCCUUCCUUACUUGGUGUCCUACUCCGGUUUCGUCAGUGCCCAGUGGCCAUUAGUGGGGAUAUAAAAUCCAUGUUCCAUCAAGUUAGGCUAUUACCAGAAGACCGUUCUCUCCUACGCUUCCUGUGGCGCAAUAUGCAGAGCACAAAUCCACCUGACAUCUACGAAUGGCAAGUUUUGCCCUUUGGCACGGUAUGUAGUCCAUGUUGCGCAACAUAUGCUCUACAAAGGCAUGUCCAUGAUCACCAAGAAGGGUAUGAAGAUAUAGCGAGCUCUGUACUUCAGUCAUUCUAUGUUGACAACUGCUUAGAGAGUUUCCCAAAUGUGCAAUCUGCUAAGAACUUCUUAGACCGAAUGCGUUCUUUACUGAUGAGUGGAGGAUUUGAAAUUAGACAGUGGGCAAGUAACCAGCCUGGUGUUGUCCGACAUCUCCCUCCUGAAGCCAGGUCUGAGAAUGCUGAACUGUGGAUCAAUCAAGACAGUUUAGAUCCCAAAGAAGGAGCUCUGGGUCUGAGUUGGCACUGUCCCUCUGAUUCAUUAGGGUUACUGAUCCAGGCUGGAAUAGAUAUAAACCGACAGACUAAAUCAGGCACAGCGUUGCAUGAAGCUGCUCUCUGCGGGAAAAUCGAGGCUGUACGACUGCUGCUGGAUAGUGGUAUCAGUGCUGGGGUGAGGAAUACAUUCUGUCAGACAGCGCUGGAUAUUGUUAACCAGUUCACCACUACCCAAGCCAGCAAGGAGAUUAAACAGAUGCUGAGAGAUGCAUCGGCUGCUAUGCAAGUGAAGGCUCUGAAGGAUUACUGCAACAACUAUGACCUUACAAGCCUCAACAUUAAAACAGGCGACAUCAUCACGGUCUUGGAGCAGCAUUCUGAUGGACGCUGGAAGGGCUGUAUCCAUGAUAACCGCACAGGAAAUGAUCGCGUGGGUUACUUUCCGUCCAACAUGGUGGAAGUCAUCAAAAGGGCAGGUCCCUCAACCCAACAGUAUCUUAAGAUACAGAUCCGUCCGCCAGCAAUUGGUUCAGUUGUCAUGGUGAACGGUGACUGCUCCCACAUUUUUUCUCUGCCCCUCACUCCCCCACCCCCUCCUUCCCAGCCCCUUACCCAUCAGCCCCUCUUCACCUCAUUUGGCUAUAAUAUGCCUACCUGCAGCACAAUUGGGUAUGAACCAGCCUCCUCCUGCUCAGAGGAGCUACAAAAAGAGACAGGCUCAAGGGGAUCCGUUUCCAGCCCUCAUGGUUCUCCAACCCUCAGCGGCCAGCAAAGCAGCGCAAAUGAGGAGAUUUGGGUUCUGAGAAAACCUUUAGCUGCAGGGGGCAGUGUUGGCAGCAUGGGCAGCACAGGCAGUCUGACCAGUGGACGUUCAUCUACUAGCGGACAAAGCAGCAAUGCCAACGCUCACCUCACCAACUCACCAGUGCCCGUGCCGACCACCCCCACACACUCGCCCGGAGUUAACACACACGGCCUCAAUGUGCCGGGACUGCAUGCUCAGGCCGAGGGCGUGAAGCUGUUGGCCACGGUGCUGUCCCAGUCAGCCAAAGCAAAAGAGCAUCUUAUGGACCAAUCACAGUCUUUAGAUCCUAAUUCAGUGUCUUCUCAGCGGACCCCGAGUGCAUCUGCUGCCCCACGUCAGCAAAAGAAAAAACCCUUUGUGGAUCCAUUGCUGCAAAGGAAAGAUGAAGUUUCAGCUGAGAGCAAGAGCUCAGAGGCUGUUGUUGAAUGGCUCACUAGUGCACAGCUGCAGUUCUACACGGCAAACUUUCUCACUGCUGGUUAUGACCUGCAGACCAUUAGCAGAAUGACACCAGAGGACCUCACUGCUAUUGGGGUGACAAAACCAGGGCACCGGAAGAAAAUGCUUUCAGAGAUCAGCAAAAUGAACAUCCCAGACUGGAUACCUCAAGAGAAACCAGCCAGUCUGGCUGAGUGGCUGUCUGCAAUUGGUCUGAAUCAAUACUACCAGACUCUGGUUCAGAACGGCUACGACAAUAUGGACUUCAUUAGUGAUAUUACUCUGGAGGACCUAAAGGAGAUUGGCAUCACUAAACUAGGACACCAGAAGAAGUUGAUGUUGGCUGUCAAACGACUGAGUGAAUCUCCAGAAGCAGACAUUCCCACCAAAGAGAGCCAGAUAGAAGAAAGCACAGACUCAAAACAAUCAUUAGAAACCAGCACAGAACCAGAUGUAAACUCCGCCCCCUCGGUUCGAAUACGCAAAAGAACAGAAGGCCGUGGCUCUCCCCGGCACAGCACCCAUGGGCGAGGCAUGCAAAGGGCUAAUGCCCCUCCUCCUCUGAGAAAACCUGGCUCAAUUGAGAGUCCCACCCCAACACCUCCACACACCCCUACUAAAGGCAGAACCUCACCUUCUGCUUCAAAUUCUCCUUCACAUAUCCCUUCCUCCCCAUUAAAAACACAGAGCAGGGCCAGAGGGCCUUGUGACUCUCCCCGUUCGCAUGCUCACGCUCGUAACGUUCCAUUACUUUGCCUACCACCUGAAGGGGAAACCGAAGAGGGCAAUGGUCAAACCCCAUCCCAGCCAAGAAGUGGACAGUAUAGCGUUACUGAUGCUGAGCGUGACUUACCUUUGCCGGACUCCUCUGUGAAAUACGCAACACUAGGUGGACAUAGGGUCACUCCUUGCAGUUCAGCGAAAGCCUCUGGGGAAACUCUUGACAUCAACAGUGUCAAUCGCAGUCAGUCAUUCGCUACAGCUCGGCCUCGCAGACGGACUCGUCCUCCAACUCCACCGAAACGCUCGUGCUCUUCCAUUUCCACUGGUAACCUGGCUGAUGAUGAAGCUGUGGCUGAUGAUGAAAAAAGGGCUAACAAUUUGCUACUCAAUGUGACGUACAGAGAGCGCAGACGUAGCGAUUGUGGAAUUGCCUCUGAAAAAACUUCAUCUGGGGGCAGCGUUAGAGACAUUGCUGCCAUGCUUGAAAUGUCCAAUAUUGGAAGCAGUGGUAAAGGAAGUGGUUAUUUGCAGGCAAGUCAAAACGUCCUUCGGCAGAACCGAGAAGUUCUGAAUUCCGAUGCAGAUAGUCGCCGCCGCACAAUCAGUGAAUUUUACGACUCUCAAAAGCAGCCUGGCAAUGAUGUACAAGAGGCUGAGAUGAAACGAGCCAUGCAGGACCUCGCGCAUCAUGGACCAGCACCUUGUGAAUCCCAUCCAAUUAAACAGGCUCCUGAGCCACGUCCACGUUCCAUGAUCACUCACCUGGAAGGAGUUGUUUCUUCUCUACCACAAGAGGAGUGGUCACGGAUGGAUGCCACUGCGACUUUGAGAAGACCACGACCACCACAUUAUUCAGAUAGUGAACAUUUUAACCUGACAGAAACGAGUACGAUAAAGCGAAGGCCCAAAGCAUUGGCUCCACCACAGAGUAAUGGCACUGACGGAGAUGGGCUAGAGAACUUCCGGAGAAGACCUGUAUCAGAAGCUUGCGCUGGAGAUGGUGGUAGGGAGGAAGAACUGCAACACGACAGCUUUGGCUCUCUUCCCAGACAAAUACUGAAACCCCCAGUUUCACCCAAACCAGCAAUGGCACUUCGCAAAUUCGAUCCCCCAACUCCUUCAAGGAGGGUUCCAUUACCUGGACCAGAAGGUCAACAUAGCCCAGUGGAGAUCAAGAAAAUCCCCCCUCCAGUAUCUCCCAAGCCAAGUCCACCUCCUACACUGCCCAAACCUGUCAAAAUCAAGCCUAUCCAUACCACUGGAACUCCCGGCUCUCCUCAGGCUGAUGUUCUCAGCCCAUCCAAUGUCUCCUUUAGCCCUGCUUCAAUUGAACAACUGGAACAUCCACCACAGACUUUGAGUCCGGUCACCCCAAAACCAAUGGAGGUCUCCGGCAUGUUGUCUCCACGCCCAGUAACUUCUCCAGCUCAGAGUCCACAGACCCCCCAGACACCCCAAACCCCGCAAACACCCUCUACACCAGGUUCAGCUCCAGUAAAGCCCCCGAGGUCCUCCAUGGCUGGUCUCUCAGUGGACAUCCCAAGCCCUCUGGAAGUGGAGAUCCCUGGAGUGGACAUGCAAAAGAAGCUUAGAGAAGUAGAAAAACAGAGAGAGAAAGAUGAAGUGAGUAAGCAAGAAAGAGUUGAGGAAGUCGGAAUAGCUAGAAUGGAAAGGACAGGUCUGAUCCAGGUUGAUCCAACCUUUCAAGGUGAACAAGGCCUGAUUUCAGGUUGCUCAGCUGGGAGUCAUUUCAAAGAGACUGGGGAGGGAGCAGAACCGGUGGUAAUGAGAAGGAGGAAGGUAGGCGUAGCCAGACAGACACAAGUAGAGGGUGAACCACAAGAUGGAGUUGGAAAAACAGAAGUGGAAAGCCAAGGGUUGUUGAUAGCUGGUUCAGGGAACAUGGUGCAACUCAAACUGGAGGAGACCAGUGCGUCCCUGGCUGCUGCUCUGGAGGUAGUGGAGGAGAAGAUUAAGAAGGAUGACAGCUCCAUUGUGGACAACAAGAGCACAGUUAACAUUCUCGAUGACAUUGGCAGCAUGUUUGAUGACCUUGCGGACCAGUUGGAUGCCAUGUUAGAUUGAAAAUGAAAAAAUAUAUUAGAUUCCUUAGGACCUGUGAAACACUCGAGCUUCAUUUUUUCAGUGUGGACAAGCGAAACCAACUUUGAUGCCUCAGCAGUAUUGGAAUCUCGAUAGGGCAAAUUAAGCUCUUCCAUUCUAAAGUGUGUCUAAGUCUACAAUUAAGCAUCUCUGAGAAAAGAAGCCUAAAUUUUGACUAACAUUCUCCACCUUUUCAUUCUCCACCAGCGUUUUGUCUUACUGUAGUGGCCAGAAUAGGUACUGCAAGUACAUGUCCUGACCUGCAAAUACGGCCUGCUGUCUUGCUGCUUCCAGAGAUAAGCACAAUUUUAAGAGAGACUAUGUGACAAGCUUUCUAAAUAUCAAGCAGAGAAAUGCUAAUAUGUGUGUGUAUAUGUGUGUACAAUAUGUGGGGUGAGAGUUCGAUGAAUAUUUCGUUUAAAGGCAGUGCUAUGAACAGUAAAUGUACAUCAUAUUCUCUUUGAUGAUGUUAGGAAGGUGUAUUGCUCUUUUCCAAAUCUCUGCUGAGAGCUUGUUCACAAGUAAAGGGGAGCUUUGAAUUUCACCUUGUGGUCUUCAGCUGGACAAGUUACUGAAUAACACUUGGUUUGGACGACAAAUUUGAAGAGCACAGUCCCAUUUAUGACCCUGACUUUUUUGGACUAUUUCUUUGAUCCCUUGAAGUAUAAUGAAGAAAAGCUUUGGACUUAAAGAGGUAUAUUGUAAUCUUUAUGUAUGUUGUUAUUGUUGUUGCUGUUAUUGUUGUUGUUGUCGUCAGUGUGUGUGAAUGUUUGACUGUGUAGUGUAGUUUUUGCAUUGACAAAUCCCACUCUGCCCAAGGUGUAAUACAUAGAUAUAGACAGAAUUCAGAAUAAGACUCUGGAAAAGAGUAGUGUAUAUAUGACAUAUAGGUUAUAGUUAUCAUUGAUAGUCUAGAGUAUGGAAUGAUACAGACACCUGCUCAUUCCUAAUGUGCUCUAAUAAGUGUUUAUGUGUGUGUUUGUUUGUGUGUUUGGAGGGGAGGUCUAUUUGAGAGUGAGAGAAUAAGGAAGUGUGUGUUUAUAGUUCUAGGAAAGAGAUGUUUGAAUGUUUGUCAUCUCUUACAAAAAUGUACCAUGUUUUUGGACAUGGUACCAUGGUAUUUUUCUUGGAUGACAAUGUAUUGUAUAUUCUACAGUACAUGAAUAUGGUGACCAUACAGUACCAUGGUACAGUACCAAGUACUGUUGUAUUACCAUCUGAUACCACAGUACCACCACAGUACUUUUUGUAAGGGCUGAGAGUGUUGAUCUCUUGGACAGUGCAAUUAUUCCUGUUUUGUCAUGCAAACAAAAGAGACUUGCUGACAGAAGAAGUUGCGUAUUCCAUACAAGUGGAUAAAAUUAGAUAAUUUAAUACCGUCAUUGCGAGAUGUAUAAGACUACAGAGCAAUAUUUUUGAUCCAUGCACCAUGUUAUAAAUUUAGCUUUAUAAGUAAUACUUUAAAACCAGGGAUCUGGGAUGCAACAACUGAGUAUUUUCCGACAAUCAUGACAAUUUUGUCCUUGAUUAUGACCCUGCAAAGUCAAUGUAAUAGAUGUUGGAGUAUAAAAACUUUUACAGUGUAAAGCUGUGUAAUAAUCAGUUGUUAUUUUGUGUAAACCUUCAGAUGGCUAAUGUGUUUGUCUGACCCUGGUGAAAAAAUCAUCAAAGACCUCUUCCAUGUAAAAAGCAUUGAGAAUAUGUGGAAUUAAUAUAAAUAAAUUGUUAUGAAUAUAACCAUA